CCCCCGCCGCCCCCGCGGGACCCCCGCCCGCCUUCGUCAGCUCGGCCGACCUGCUGAAGCUGCGCUCGCUGGGCGAGGGGCCCCCCAAGGAGCUCAAGAUCCGCCUGAUCAAGGUGGAGAGCGGAGCCGGGGGGCCCGGGGGGAUCCCCGGGCUCGGGGGGACGCCCGGCGGUGACGCUUUGGUGGCCUCGGAGGUGGCCGAGCCCCGGGGGCUGCCCCUGGCUCAGCUGACGAUCCGGCACAGCGCCGCCGAGGUGGUGCGGGCCAGCAAGCAGGCGCGCCUCAAGGGGCCGUUCCGCGAGUCCUACCUGUGCCCCGCGCAGUCGGUGAAGCCGCGCAUCGACGCGCGGGAGCAGCUGCCCCGGGACAAGCUGAACCCGCCCACGCCCAGCAUCUACCUGGAGAGCGCGGCUCAAGGGGCCGUUCCGAGGGGGAUCUUUGGGAUUUUGGGGGAUUUUGGGGGAUUUUGGGGUCCCACGCUCGCUCCCCGCAGGCAGGCGCGCCUCAAGGGGCCGUUCCGCGAGUCCUACCUGUGCCCCGCGCAGUCGGUGAAGCCGCGCAUCGACGCGCGGGAGCAGCUGCCCCGGGACAAGCUGAACCCGCCCACGCCCAGCAUCUACCUGGAGAGCAAACGCGACGCCUUCUCGCCCGUGCUGCUGCAGUUCUGCACCGACCCCAAGAACCCCAUCACCGUCAUCCGGGGCCUGGCGGGGUCCCUGCGCCUCAACCUGGGGCUGUUCAGCACCAAGACCCUGGUGGAGGCCAGCGGCGAGCACGCGGUCGAGGUGCGCACGCAGGUGCAGCAGCCCUCGGACCAGAACUGGGACCUGUCGGGGACGCGCCAGGUGUGGCCCUGCGAGA